GAUCGAGUACUUCGUCAGCAGCGUAUUAUUCCACACGUGUUGACAUGUUAUUUAUAAAUAACAUAUAAAAUUUGUUUAGAAAUUAGUUUAGAAAUUAAACCGGUGUACUUAUGAAUUAAUAUUUUGGAUAAAGUGAAGGGACCUUGUCAAAUAUCAACCACUGACGGAGAAAUAGGGUUCCAAUUCUUAGACAGAACCACAAGAAUUCCACCAAUUAGAUAUGGCGUCAAAUGCACAGAAUUUAACUAAACGUCGGCGAGUCGCCACUGCUCGAACUUCUGGGAUUACAGUCGCUCUUUUGGCGACUCUAAAAAAGGAGAAGGAGAAAGGAAUGCAAAAGGCGGAGAUUGAAGAAAACCAGAUUCGGAUGCGAGCCCGCAGAGAAAGAAGGAAAGUUCUUGAAAAGCAUGGGCUCGAAUAUUAUUCUGAUGAGGAGGAAAUGAAAAAGAGGUAUCAUCAAGAUACUGACCUGGGCGAAUAUAUGGAUUUCGAGUUGGAGGAUGACGAUUGCUUUGUUGAGAAACAAGUUCCAUUAUCACCUGUUGUCGACAAGAUCAAGAUCAAGACUGAGAUCAAGACUGAGGCUGAGGUCAAAUUUGAGGAGGACGAGCUUGAAAUGGAUGACUUAUUUAUUGAAAAGCGAGAACCUUCUGAAGAAAUCACAGGGAAAUCAGAAUCUUCUCCAGAAGUGGACCGACAAGAGGAAGUUCAGUCUACAUCAAAUCAAGCAAUUGGUACAAAUGACCAAACGAAGAAAACAAUUACGAGAUGCACCCUUUAUCGCACGUUGGAUCCCCGAAAUUAUAAUGCAAAUGCGAUUCUGAAGUGUCCUCUUUGCUUGGAACGAGGCGAAAUGCGGUUAUAUGGCACCGAAGACGCCCUGCUGGAACACAUGGUCCUGAGACAUCAGAAUGACAUCGACUAAAUGGACGUAAUUGCAAAAUUUAUUUACCCAAUUUUGAAGAAAAUGUCAAAACAAUGACUUUCGUUAGAAGUUGAUAAACUAUAAUUAAUUAUACAAAUAUUGUUCUCUGUUGUUAAAUCUUUUUAGAUUAGUUAGACUAUUUAGAAUUUCGUGGUAUUAAUCAAUUCAAAUGGUUUUAUCCUUGAAUAAAAAUGUAUGGAAUGAAUUUAUCACAUACGAUUCUGGUCAAACUUACAA